UUGGGUAAGAAACUGUACGUGACAUUUUCAAUGCGUAGACGUGUUUUGUAUUUGGAUCGAGGAAGUGUAGUUAUCUUGUCAAGAUUUCUUCCUCCUUCUGUUGGUUGCAACUCAAAGGGACAUUCUGGGCAUUUUCGAUAGGAGACUUGAUUUGCAUAAAGAGAGGCAGUUCUUACCCAAACAGAAUAAAAAGCAGUCGUCUGUUUCGAGCCCCUCCAACUCUUCACCUCCAGCUGAAUCUUCGGUCACCAUGCUCCGCUCCGGGCUCAGCACCACACUGUUGCUGGCAGCAACAUGUUUGACAAUGAGAGCAGACUUUUCCAGGGCAGAACUACCUGGUUUGUUCCCUCUGUCCACAGAGAGAGUGAUCACCUGUGACGACCACAACAAUGUCCACCGCCUGAGCUGUGACGGCGGAGUGAUCCACGUGCAGGCAGCGCUGUAUGGACGAGCUGACAAGGAGACCUGCAGUGAGGACAGACCGCCACAGCAGCUGCACAACAUACAGUGCUCGCAGAAGGGCGUCCUGGAAGUCUUCAAGAGAAACUGCGAUGGGAAGAAGGUUUGUGAAUUAAACACAGUUCUUGUUCGUACUUCUGAUCCCUGUCAUGGCAUCUACAAAUACCUGGACACCACCUUCCACUGCAUCCCAGCAGUCCACACGGUAGCAUGUGAACAUUCGUUGGCAUUCCUGCAGUGUGAUGAAGGGCAGGUUAUAUUUGUCCUCGGUGCUGAUUACGGGCGCCGUGACAGCAGCACAUGCUCCAUCAAUCGACCUGCCGAUCAGCUCCAGAACACCCACUGCUCAAGCCCCACCACCAAAGUAGCUGAGAGCUGUAACGGGAAGAGCAGCUGCUCGGUCAAAGCAAGCAACUCUGUGUUUGGGGAUCCGUGUGUCGGCACUUACAAGUACCUGGAGGUGGCUUACAGAUGUCAGUAUCCUGAGAUUCUCUGAGUCAACAAGGAAGAAACCAGGAAGUUCAGAUGAAACAUCAGCAUCUCAUACAGAGCCAGUGUUUCAUACUAAUGAACUAAAUAUAGCAGGAUUAGUUACCAAACACAUGAAUCUAAACAGAAUAAUUAUUGAUUCAUUGUGCAACACAAAUGAAAUGUCUUUAUAUUCUGUAUCAUUACACUAAAGUAUAAUUCAAAUAUUCUAGGUCAUUUAUGAAGCUUAUUUUUCUGGGGAUUUGGUGGGUUUCAUUUCUGUUGUAUUAUCAUGAAAACAUAAGUACAAUUAUCUGUGCAGAAGACAAGACUAGAAUAAUCUCAGAGCGUGAAGCUGCUUCUUGGUCAACUUUGUUGUGUAGUUGUUGUCUCUUUGUGGUGGUUUUGUUUUUAUUUGUAGAGGUUUAUAAUAAAAUAUAUUUUAAAUGAGAUGCUGAUCAUCAAUAAAUCACUUUAUAAUUGUUCAGUUUGGUCGGUUUAUUAAUAAACUGCUUUG